CUCUUCCAUUCUUUUGCCCUUCACUCCUCUCUCAUCUUUUCACCCUUUUUCCACAUUUUUUUUCACUUCAAAACCCCACACAACUGACACAAGAGAGAGAGAACCAAACCAAAAACCCCUCCUUUUUCUUCCUUCUCCUGCAGCGAGAGAGAGGAUGGCGGCGGCGGCGGCGGUUGCGGCGGUGGUGGUCGCGGCCGUGGUGGCGGCGGCGGCGUCCGCGGCGGCCCCCGCGUCGGCCGGCGAGCCCACGCGCGACGUGCGGUGGGAGGUCGGCUACAUGACGGUGGCGCCGCUCGGCGUCUCGCAGAAGGUGAUCGCGAUAAACAACCAGUUCCCGGGCCCACUCCUGAACGUGACAACCAACUGGAACGUGAGGGUGAACGUCCAAAACAACCUGGAUGAGCCCCUCCUCCUCACCUGGGAUGGCAUCCAGAUGAGGAUGAACUCAUGGCAGGACGGCGUCGCCGGCACCAACUGCCCGAUCCCUCCCGGGUGGAACUGGACCUACCAGUUCCAGCUCAAGGACCAGAUCGGCAGCUUCUUCUACUUCCCUUCGCUUGGUCUCCAGCGAGCCGCCGGCGGGUUCGGCCCGGUCACCGUCAACAACCGCGCCGUCGUGCCGGUCCCCUUCGCCCAGCCCGACGGCGACAUCACCUUGUUCAUCGGUGAUUGGUACACCAAGAGCCACGUCGAAUUGAGGAAAAUGCUAGAUGAUGGUAAGGAUCUCGGGAUACCGGAUGGAAUUCUGAUCAAUGGGAAAGGCCCUUACAGCUAUGACAACACAUUGAUUCCAGAAGGCCUUCAACAUGAAACUGUUGGAGUUGAGCCAGGCAAAACUUAUCGCUUCCGUGUUCACAAUGUCGGCACCUCAACUAGCCUCAACUUCAGAAUCCAGAAUCACAAUAUGCGCCUAGUAGAGGCCGAAGGAACCUACACUUAUCAGCAGAAUUACACCAAUCUUGACAUCCAUGUUGGACAGUCAUACUCUUUCUUGGUGACCAUGGACCAAAAUGCAAGCACUGACUACUACAUUGUGGCGAGCCCAAGGUUCGUCACGAACGAGUCUCGCUGGCACGAUGUCAACGGUGUGGCUGUCCUGCAGUACUCAAACUCCAAAGGAAGAGCUUCUGGUCCCCUUCCUGAUGGUCCAAAUGAUUUCUAUUACAAGUCCUAUUCCAUGGACCAAGCCAGGUCUAUCAAAAUGAAUACAACUGCUGGUGCUGCACGUCCAAAUCCACAGGGAUCAUUCCGCUACGACUCUAUCAACAUCACUCAGACCUUCGUUCUCAAGAACGAGUUACCUUUGCUCAUCAAUGGAAAGCGUCGAAGGACGAUAAACGGGGUCUCAUACUCUCCACCAGAGACUCCACUGAGGCUUGCUGAUCUCCACAACUUGACUGGAGUGUACAAGACUGACUUCCCCACAAUGCCAGGCAAUGCUCCACCAAAAAUGGCUUCAUCCACGCUGAACGCAUCGUACAAGGGCUUCCUCGAGAUCGUCUUUCAGAACAAUGACACUGGUGUUCAGACCUACCAUCUGGAUGGUUACUCAUUCUUUGUUGUUGGGAUGGAUAAUGGUGAUUGGACUCCAGAUUGCAGGAGUAGGUACAACAAAUGGGAUGCCAUCUCUCGCAGCACUACUCAGGUUUUCCCUGGAGGGUGGACUGCGGUUCUAGUCUCGCUCGACAAUGUUGGCAUCUGGAAUCUCCGGUCUGAGAAGCUGGAUAACUGGUACAAUGGGCAGGAGGUCUAUGUGAAAGUGGCUGAUCCACUGGGAUACAACAUCACUGAAAUGAUCAUGCCAGAUAAUGCAUUGUACUGUGGUCUACUGAAAGACUUGCAAAAGCCACAGAUUCACCAGGUAAACAGCAAGUCAUCGGCUCAAGCUGCAGAUCGAUGGGGCGCGCGAGUUCUUGCAAUGGUGUUGCUGAUCAUUGCAGCUGUGGUUUCCAUUUAAAUUUGUUGGAAUCAGAUGAGGAUAUCUUUUAGUUAGGCUCUGUGGGUGAUAGAAAAUCAUAUUGUUCUUUGAGUACAGAACAACUUGAGGAAGCUGUCUGUGCAAAGUGCAAAACUUGGAUUCUAGAAAUGAAAAACCUGUCAAUUUUCCUA